AUGCCUCCCGAUGGAGAUGCCAUCUCGCCCUUGUCACACAUCGAUGUCUCCACGCAGCCGACCUUGUUAACACCACAGCCCGAACUCGAGCACGGCACGUUGUGUACUGAUACGUCAACCCCGCAAGACCGUCAACCGCGAGCGUCGUUUGGCUCCUCCCGGGCCAACGUGGAUAACGCGACCUCUAUCUGGGUCGACUUGCUUUUACACGACGCCGCGCUGCAAGCCGACCGUCCAGAAAACGUCGAUAUAGACUUGGAGGGUAUCGGCAUACUUGACGACUCGCUCGUGCAGUCUCCUAGUCACUUCGAGACCAGACCAACUGGGGCGUAUGCAGUGCCUGAGGAGGCUGGACAAUCGCCCGCAUCAUCGAACCCACUUCUUCAAGAGCGGACUACCAGCGUCAUAGCGUUCGAAGCUUUGGAGAAGAAGGAAUGGCAAUCGGCCUCGCCCAUUUCGCUAACUACUUCGGAGGUUGCGCUGUUCCAGCAUUUUGUGCGACAACUUAGCCAAUGGUUGGAUCUGUUCGACCCACGGAUACCCUUUGCGACUCUGGUACCACACUUGGCGGCAAGUGGUCUCACCCAAAAUUCUCGCGUGCCUCCCAACGAGGCUUCCUUCUACGACCCAAAUGAUGCCCUUCCCUAUUACUACAAGACACUGCGCUACGUCCAGAAGGCCAUGCAGUACAACACGUACAAGACCAGCCUGGAGUUGCUCGCUACCUCACUUAUUGUCUCUACCUUCGAGAUGCUGGACGGAUCCAGCCAAGACUGGGAGAGGCACCUCCACGGCGUCUUCCUAAUUCAGCGCUCGCAGGUCAUACACGGCGAUUCCAUGGGCGCGGAGGCCCUGGAGCCCUCUGACCUUGCAGCUCGGUCCGUGUACCUGUUUGCACAGGGGGUCGGGUACUGCUCGAGAGAGAACAUGGAGGACGGCGCGAUGGAGCCCUUAGCCCGGAUAGCCAGGGCUGCGGAGCUCAGGAGUAUGCUGGAAGACUGGAAGACGUACCUGACUGCUGAGUUUGAACCUCUGCCCCAGCCGCGCUCGGCCGAGGAUGCCUUUGAGCCUAUCUGGAUCCAUCCAACAGCUUUUGCUGUGGCGAUGAAACUGUACUACUGUUCCCACAUCCUCUUUCUGCUCCACCAGCCCAUGCUGGGCGGGCCCGAGGUGUACGCACAACAGCGAAGAAGCCUGAGAGAAUGCAUAAACGCAGCCGUUGCACACAUCACAUCAUUAUCAACCGCCUCGCCCAUGACCGAGGAAAACAGUCGCGUCCGCCGUCCGGCGACGGAGGGCCCUUGCCCUGCUGGUCAGGAAUCAAUAGAGACGGAGUCAACAAGCCGUAAGGGCCUGGGAUUCUGGCUGGUUUUCCUUGGCCUCUGCUUCGCCGGGUUCGUCAGUGCCACCGAUGCCACGAUCAUCUUCACCGCGCUGCCCACCAUCUCGAACGACCUUGGCGGCGAGGGGGACUACACGUACAUCUGGCUGGCCAACGCGUACGUCUUCGCGUCCACGGCGAUACAGCCCCUCUAUGGCCAGCUCUCCAACAUCUUCGGCCGGCGCUAUCCCAUGAUCGUGUCGGUGGUACUCUUUGCUCUAGGCAGUGGUGUUGCUGGCGGGGCGAGCACCUCGGCCAUGUUCAUCGCCGGCCGCCUGGUGCAAGGGUUGGGUGCUGGCGGCAUGGUGAUGCUUAUUGACCUUAUUGUCUGUGACCUGGUCCCAUUGAGAGAGCGCAGCACAUACCUCGGCAGCGUCCUUGGAGCGUGCGCCGUUGGGAGUCUUGUUGGCCCUGUCAUUGGUGGUGCAAUCGUCAGCCGCACGACCUGGAGAUGGGCCUUCUGGAUCAACUUGCCUGUGUGUGCGCUGACAUUGGCAAUCAUGGUGCCUUUUCUGCGCCUUUCAUGGAACAGAUCACCGCCUUGGAUGCAUUCGCUGACCCGCAUCGACUACCUGGGCAACACUAUCUUCGUCGGAUCUAUCACGUCGAUCCUGAUUAGUCUUAUACAAGGUGGUGUUGUCUAUCCCUGGGGCUCAAGGCCGAUCAUCCUUCCACUCGUGAUCGGAGUGGUAGGAUGGGCCGUGUUCUUCGUCCAACAGGGCUAUUGCAAGGAGCCCACGAUGCCGCUGCGCCUGUUUGCCCAUCGUACCUCGGCGUCCGUCUAUCUGCAAGACUUCGUUGUCUCGAUACUUCUCCAAUGGUGUAUUUAUAUACUACCUCUGUACUUCCAGUCCAUGCUAGCCGACUCUGCACUCGACUCGGGGAUCAAUAUCCUGCCAAUAAACGCAUUCAUGAUUCCGACUGGCGCAGUCGCCGGCGCCAUUCUCACCAAGAUCGGCCAAUACAAGCCCCUCCACUGGGCCGGAUUCAGCGUGCUCGCCAUCUCGUGCGGCCUAUUCUCAAUGUUGUCCCCGUCCACCAGUACCGUAGCCUGGGCCUCGUUCGAAAUUAUCGCGGGCAUCGGCAUCGGCCUCCCCCUGACGACUCAGCUCCCCGCAAUCCAGGCAGUACUCCCCGAGGCCGACACUGCGAUCUCAACCAGCACCUACUCGUUUAUCCGGUCCUUCGGCUUUGUAUGGGGCACUACCAUCCCGUCCAUCGUCUUCAACAGCCGCAUAGAAGCCGGGCUCGGAUGUAUCAACGACUCCAAGGUACGGGCCGCCCUCUCCAACGGAGGUGCGUACAGCUACGCGCUCAACGUCAGGAACUUGACGGGACAGACACUGCAGCAGACACUCCACGUGUACGAGGAGGCACUACGUAUCGUUUGGCUCGUGGGACUUGUUUUUGCACUGGUGGGCUUGUUGCUCGUGUUCAUCGAGAAACACGUCGACAUGCGGGUGACACUGGACACGGAAUUUGGUCUCGAAAAUGUGGAAAGGUCAAGGAAUGUUGAUACUGAAGAGCCUAAAAGUGAGGCGUGA